AAGAAGAAACUGUAACCAUGAGUGGAAGGGGCAAAGGAGGCAAGGGACUCGGAAAAGGAGGCGCCAAGCGUCACCGUAAAGUUCUCCGCGAUAACAUCCAGGGCAUCACCAAGCCCGCCAUCCGCCGUCUGGCUCGCCGUGGCGGAGUCAAGCGUAUCUCGGGUCUGAUCUACGAGGAGACCCGCGGUGUGCUGAAGGUGUUCCUGGAGAACGUGAUCCGUGACGCCGUCACCUACACCGAGCACGCCAAGAGGAAGACCGUGACCGCCAUGGACGUGGUGUACGCUCUGAAGAGGCAGGGCCGCACUCUGUACGGCUUCGGCGCGCCCAAGAAGGGCUCGAAGAAAGCCGUGACUAAGACCGCCGGCAAGGGCGGCAAGAAGAAGAGAAAGACUAGGAAGGAGAGCUACGCCAUCUACGUGUACAAGGUGCUGAAGCAGGUGCACCCCGACACGGGCAUCUCUUCCAAGGCCAUGAGCAUCAUGAACUCGUUCGUCAACGACAUCUUCGAGCGCAUCGCCGGUGAGGCGUCCCGCCUGGCUCACUACAACAAGCGUUCGACCAUCACGUCGAGGGAGAUCCAGACCGCCGUGCGCCUCCUGCUUCCCGGUGAGCUGGCCAAGCACGCCGUGUCCGAGGGCACCAAGGCCGUCACCAAGUACACCAGCUCCAAACAGCUUGAACUAGAAGCUAAAAUGGCCAGGACCAAGCAGACCGCCCGUAAAUCCACCGGAGGAAAAGCUCCCAGGAAGCAGCUCGCUACCAAAGCUGCCCGUAAGAGCGCCCCGGCCACCGGCGGAGUGAAGAAGCCUCACCGCUACAGGCCCGGCACCGUGGCCCUCAGAGAGAUCCGUCGCUACCAGAAAUCCACCGAGCUGCUGAUCCGCAAGCUGCCCUUCCAGCGCCUGGUCAGGGAGAUCGCUCAGGACUUCAAGACCGACCUGCGCUUCCAGAGCUCCGCCGUCAUGGCUCUGCAGGAGGCCAGCGAGGCUUACUUGGUCGGCCUGUUCGAGGACACCAACCUAGAAGAAACUGUAACCAUGAGUGGAAGGGGCAAAGGAGGCAAGGGACUCGGAAAAGGAGGCGCCAAGCGUCACCGUAAAGUUCUCCGCGAUAACAUCCAGGGCAUCACCAAGCCCGCCAUCCGCCGUCUGGCUCGCCGUGGCGGAGUCAAGCGUAUCUCGGGUCUGAUCUACGAGGAGACCCGCGGUGUGCUGAAGGUGUUCCUGGAGAACGUGAUCCGUGACGCCGUCACCUACACCGAGCACGCCAAGAGGAAGACCGUGACCGCCAUGGACGUGGUGUACGCUCUGAAGAGGCAGGGCCGCACUCUGUACGGCUUCGGCGGCUAAACUCACUCCCAGCAACCGCGAACACAACGGCUCUUUUAAGAGCCACACACCUCAGAUAAAGAGCUCUGUCCAUACUUAUUAGUAAUUCUAUUUUCUCAUAGAAGUAAACAUUUUAUUGCCAUUCAUGUUACCUUUAAUCUUUACAACACUAAAGCUUUACUAAUACUUCGUUUCUGCCUUGUAUGUAUUUCAUUGCGAAAAAAAAUCACAACGGCUCCUUUAAGAGCCACACAUCUGACUUUAAAGAGUUCUGGUGUCGUUUGUUCAAAAGUGUGGAUAAAAUGAUUUGUAAAUAACUUAUAAGGUGUUUCUUCUGAAUGUCGAGGGAAUCUGGCCAAAAUACUAUUGUUCUAAUUAAAGGAAGCAAAUAUAACUACAGUUUGUCAGUAUGUUAGAUUAGUGAAAAGAAUGAUUACUGGCUGUAUGUUUUGGCGUUUUUUUACAUCCGAUGCUCUUCACUGCAAACGGAUUUAUGGAGCCUCCCGGGGAGCAUUUCCUUGUGAGGUGAC